AUGAAGGUCGUUAUCUUUGGAUCCAGUGGCGACCUUGCAAAAAGAAAACUUUUUCCUGCGCUUUCCAGGAUAAAUCUCAAGGAUGUUGAAGUUGUUGGAUAUGCAAGAACCAAGUAUGAUGUUGAAUACUCCGAAGUUCUUCAAGAGGUUGGGAAUUACUCUCCGGAGUUCCUUUCGAAGGUUCAAUACGUCAGGGGAUCCUAUGACGACCUUUCGAGGCUUAAAGAUAUAGCCGACCCAGAAACAGUGCUUUACUUUUCUGUGCCACCUUCUGUGUACACCAGUAUACUUAAGGAGGCUUCGAAGCUUAAGUACAAGGUAAUAUGUAUCGAAAAGCCAUAUGGAGAGAGCAUCGAGUCUUUUGCACAGAUGAAAAAGUUUGACCUAAGCAAGGUUCAGUUUAUCGACCACUAUCUUCUGAAACCAUUGGUCAUAGCAAUGCCAGGAAUUAUAAGGGGGUCAAGUGCUAUGAAGGAGACGAUGAAUAAUAGGCAUGUCAAAAGUGUUGAGAUAAUUUCCAAGGAGGUUCUUGGAGGGGAGGGAAGGAAUUACUUUGACAAAAACGGAAUCGUAAAGGAUAUAGUUCAGAACCACAUGGCCGAACUUCUUGGGGUUGUUGCAUCGGACGUUACAGAACCAUCGAGGACUAUGGAAGCGUUAGAAAGGGCCAAGAUCUUUGAUGCAUGUACUAUUGAUGCGGAGAAGUGUAUUUAUGGCCAAUACGAUGACUAUAGCAAGGAGAUCCACAAGGAUUCGAGCACUGAGACAUUCUGUAUAGUUCCUAUCAAUGUAAACACUCCUCGAUGGUCUAAAGUUCCCUUUAUCAUUGUCGCAGGAAAAGGGAUGAAUGAAAAGAGAACUGAGAUAUCUAUUGAGUUUAAAAGAGAUGUAUUUUCAAAAUGCAUUGAGCUUUUCUGCGAGGAAAAGAAGCUUUCUAACAAAACUGUUCAUAUCAACGAGAUAGAUGUGGUAAGGCUGGUGUUCAACAUCUAUCCAGAGUGCGAGGUGUUUCUCGAGGUUCUUGUUGGAGGAGAUUCCGUCAAGCAUGUUCUGCAUGAUAAAAAAAGAAUCAACGAUUUGAUGCAUGAGAGUUACGGGGGAUACCGAGAUUAUGAAAUCAUUUUUGACAGUCUUAUAAGGAACAAAAGUCUUAACAGUGUGAACUUAGACGAGGUAGAACUUUUAUGGAAGGUGUUUGAUCCCAUAUUGUCCACCGACAAAGAGGAAACUUUGUUUUACUAUUCAAAGGGGAUCGACAUGCCUGAGGAGGCUGAAGAAAUGAUCAGAAAAAUUAAAGAUCAUUAG